AUGGUAAACCAAAAAAAUGGAAUUUUAUCAAAGUUAACAGGUUUGACAUCCACCCUUUUUAAGCUUAAUAUUGAAGACAUAAAUGAAGAGGUUGAUGAAAAUACGAACCCCUUGGAAAAGGCAAUCUUAUAUGGGAAUAGCAAUGUAAAAUGUCGAAAAAUAUUAUUUUUAAAAGAUAUAAUGAAAUUAUUAAACCAUAUAAAUUAUGAAAAUUUUUUGAAAUAUAUAUAUCCAUUAAUUGUAAAACUAAGUAAUGAUGAUAUAGAAAUACAAAAUGAAGUAUGUAAUCGUGUUGGAGAUUUAUGUGCUUAUUUAAUACAAAAUAAUAAUCAUAAUGAUGGUUGUACGGAUAUAAUGAAAUUGUUAUUUCCUAUUGUUGAGAAAUUUAUAAAAAAUAAUGAAAAUAAAAAUAUUAUAGAAACAAUAAUGAAAUCAUUACUUAUAUUAUCUACACAUAUAAAUUGGAAAUAUCGACAGAAAUUCAUUUUACCUUUUAUAUUAUCUCUAAUUUCUAAUGAGAAAUAUAAAUAUAUUGGUUUUAUUUUAUUAAUAAAACUUUGUUCGAUAUUCGAAAGAAAUAUAUUUUGUUCUUUUUUAAUACCAUCGAUAAAAUCUAUUUUAAAGAAAAAUGACAAUUUAAAAAAUAAGAUAUAUAUUUCUUGUUAUUUAUAUAAUAUAUGUAAAAUGUUAAAAAAGGAAGAUGAUUUAUUUCAUAUUUUUCUUCUUAUGAAAAAUUUAUGUAAUGAUCCAAGUGAUACUAUAAAAAUAAUUAAUAUUUUUAAUUGUACUCAUAUAUCCUUGUUAUAUUCAAAAAAUAUCUUUUUCUAUUUUUUUGUACCAUUAUAUAAUAAUUUCUUAAGGAAUGAAAAUAUAUAUGUUUUUUAUUAUUCUCUAAUUAAUUUAUUUUAUUUUAUUUGUAUCUUUGAAGAUAUCAAUUUAAUACACCCAUAUUACAUACAUAAAAUGAUAUUCUUUUUUAAUAAUAUGUUUUCUUCUCAUACAUUUACCUUAAAUUAUCUUAACGAAACAGCCAAAAAAAAAAGUAAUUAUUUCUUUCUCAAUAAUAAUAAUAAUAAUAAUAAUAAUAUAAAUGAGCAAAGUCGUUUGAAUCAUAUAACUCUUAAGUAUCAGGUAAGUAGUUUACAAAUGAGCAAUAAUAUAAAUAAUAAUAAUCCUAAUACCAAAUUAAGGGACAUGAAAAAAAAUAAUCUAUUGUAUCAUUCUACAUAUGAACAGGAUAAAGAAAAUGAAGAACCAUGUUUAAUCAUUGAUGAAAUUGAACAUAUAGAUAAUGCCAUUAAAAUAAAAGCAUUUUCCGACCAGUUGUGUGAUAUGGAUGUUUCAUUCACUGUACCAGAAGCAAUAAAACAAGAUCGUUCAGAUGGGUGUAACAAAUUAAUAAAAACGGGAAAAGAAGUAUCCGAAUGUUUAUAUGUAAAAAGAGAGAUGGAAGAGCAAAAUCUCAACUUUUGUAUGAUACAAGAAUCAUAUAAAAGUGAAUAUAUGUAUGAUCAAAGAGGAGAUAUAUACGAACAUAAUGAAAUACUGCAUGGUAAUUAUGAAAUGUGCGAAGUGAACCAAAAAAAGGAUGACUAUACUGAUCAGAAGGUGGGAGAUUUAAAUACAAAAUUAUGUAACCAAUUAUAUAUCGAAAAUCACAAGAAAGGUUCUUAUAAUAUAAAAAAUAAUGUAGAUAUUAUUACUCAUUUGAGUAAGAUAAAUAAAGAAACAGAGAUAAACGGACAAAGAUGUGAUAAUGAAUUGAAUAAUAUAUGUAUUAAAGGACAAAAUAAAGAAGAUAAAUUAGAAAGUAAUGACAGAUACUCAGAAGUGAGUAGUAGAGAAAAUGAGGAAAAUGAAAAAAUAAAUCAAACUCUAAUUACAAAUUGUUUGAAAAAUGAUGAAACGAAUGAUCUUUUGUAUAUAGAAGAUAAGAUUAAUUUCAUUUGUAUGAAUAAAUUAACGAAUACUAAAAGAGGUAAUAAUAUAAAUAAGGAUGAAAAUGUACAUAUGGAUAAUAAAAAAAAAACUAAUAAUAUAUUAGAUGAAAAUGUACAUAUGGAUAAUAAAAAAAAAACUAAUAAUAUAUUAGAUGAAAAUGUACAUAUGGAUAAUAAUAAAAAAACUAAUAAUAUAUUAGAUGAAAAUAUAUCAAAUGAUGUUGUCUUAAAAAAUGAUUUCCAUUUUUUGAAUGAUAAUUUUACCACAGUACCUUCCAUUUUUUAUAAUAAUAAUUUAUUUAAUGACCUUAUAAUAAAUAAUAACCAUUUUAGUAUAAGCAUAAAACAGUUUUUCGAAAUGUAUUCUAAUAAUUUUAAGUAUAAACAUUGUGUUAUGGAAAAGAAUGAAAAUAAUGGUUCUAUAGAUUCUAAUGAUUUAUUUGAUGAUAAUAAUACCAUAAUCAAUAUUGAAAAUAGGAAUAGUAUGCAUGACAGAAAUAAUUAUAAUUAUGAUUACAAUACAUUUUGUAUCCCCAUGAAUGAUGAAGUUUUACAAGAUAUAGAUAAUACAUUUAUACAUGAUACAAAUAUAGAUAUUGAUAUAAUAAAAAGUUGUUAUUAUAAUGAAUCCGAAUUAAUUAGGAAGGAUGUAGCUUAUGGAAAAAUGUUUGUUAAGAGAAAAAAUGAGGAUAACAAAAAUAAAAAUAAAAAUUUCAGUAGUAAUAAUAUAAAUUAUAAUAAUGAUGAGAUGGACGAUAUAUAUAAUGUAGGGAAAAUGGAUAUUGAUUCGAUAAAACAAAAAUUUAUAUUUGAUAGUACAAAUAAUGUAAUUGUAUCACAUAAUAUAAAUGCAGUAUAUAUAACAGCACUUCAUUUACCUUUAUUAAUAUUAGUGUUUAAAGAAUAUUUCUUUCGUUUUUUUUCUCAUAUAUUUUAUUUUAUAUGUACAUAUCCAUAUUAUAUUAUAAGGAAGACCAUGGCAUAUAAUUUUUACGACAUUUUAAAGAAUAUGUUCGAUUCUGAAUUCUUAAAAAUUGAUAUGGGGAAAUUCAAGAAAAGGGGAAAUGAAAAGAGGUUUAAUAAAAUAUUACAAAAACGAAAUAAUAUAUUAUAUAAGGAAAAUAUGAAAAAAAAUAUAUUAUCAGAAAGAUAUAUGAAGGAUGCAAAAAUGAGUAGUAAUAAUAAUAAAAGUAGUAGUGGUACGAAGAAGGAAUCAUUAGAUAUACAAAUAAAUACAAUGUUUAAUAAUGAUUAUGCGACGUAUUAUAAUAUGAGAAGAAUACAAAAUAUGGUUAUAGAUUAUGAAAAAUUAGAAGAAGACAAGGAUGAUAAUAAUAUGGAAGAAUAUGACAAAGAUGAAAAAGAAAAAGAAAAAGAAAAAGAAAAUGAAAAAGAAAAUGAAAAAGAAAAUGAAAAAGAAAAUGAAAAAGAAAAAGAAAAUGAAAAAGAAAAUGAAAAAGAAAAUGAAAAAGAAAAUGAAAAAGAAAAUGAAAAUGAAAAAGAAAAAGAAAAUGAAAAUGAAAAAGAAAAUAAUAUUAUCAAAGGUGAAUUGUUCAAAGAGAAUAUCAAAAUAGAAGAUAAUAUAUAUAGCGAACAUCUAUUAAUAGAUAAUGAAGAAAAAUAUGAGAGUGAAAAAUAUGAGAGUGAAAAAUAUGAAGAAGAUAAAACAUAUCAAUCGAGUGAAAAUAAUAUUUCUGAUUCAAAUAAUUAUGAGAAACAUAUUAGAAAGCUUCAAAAUCAUAUAAAUAUUAAUUUAUAUGAAUGUGAUUUUUUUGUGAAUGAAGAAAAUGAAAAUUUUUUUUUUUAUAAACAAUUUCUUAUGAAAUAUGAGAAUAUGUAUAAACGCCAUAUACAAAGAUUUAAAAAAUAUUAUAAAGAAGAUGAUUCCCCAUGUUUUUUUUUUCAUUUUUUUAUAUAUUAUUUUUUGAAUGAUUCGAAUGUUUUGGUUAAAAAAGCUAUAUUAAAAAAUUAUGACAAGCUCAUAACUUUUUUUCCUUAUCAUAUAAAGCUAAUACUAAUAUCAUAUUUGUACAAUGUUAUAGAUUAUAAGAUAUUAAAUUAUUCAUUGAGAAAACGAGUGUCCAAAAUUGUUUUUAAAAUUUUGCAAAAUGUGAAUGAUUCGAAGAUAAUUAGAGAUUAUAUAUUUCCCAUAUAUUUAAAGUUGUGUAAAGAUGAUGUGGCUACCAUUAGAACAUAUACCGCUAGUUAUUUUUAUAUUAUUUUACAGAAAGGAUGCCCAAAUCUUUACAAAUUUUUUAAGGGUAAAGGGAAAAUAUUGGACGUAGAGGAAUACCAGAAAGAUAUAUUUGUGUCCAAUGAGAAUAGUUUUAAAUUAAAAAGUGAAGAUUUUAUUCGGGGGAAGGAAGUUACAUUAAUAAGAAAAAUUAUAAAUACAUUUGCCACGAGCAAAUAUUAUUAUGACAGGCAACUUUUUAUAAACAUUUGUGACGGAAUAAUUAGUGAAUGCCCUAUCAACUUAUUUUUGUUGUAUUUUUUGAACCCGUUUAUUAAUUUAUCGGAUGAUAAAAUUCAAGUUGUGAGGAUAACGUGGGAAAUGUGCGUUUAUAACCAGUUGAAAAAGAAGGGAGACUUUUCAAAUAUAGCAAACGUAUAUAAAAAAUUGGAAGAGAUGUAUUUGAAAUAUGGAAAAACGACUGUAAGCAAAAUUAACCCUAUAAAAUAUAAUAAUCCAGAUAGUAUAUUUAUUAUAUCUUUUGAUCUCCAUCAUAUUAGUAAUUAA